UGUUUUUGGUGAAUUACUGUAGCUGUGGUUUUAGUUUAUUGCUGAAUAUUUUUUAAAUGGGAGGGCAGGGUAGGCAGAUCGGGGGUCUGGCUCUGGUUGUGCUAGGAGUUUUAGGAGUGUGUUUGGUAUGUGGACUACCAGUGUGGAGAGAGACGUCUUUUGUGGGAGCAAAUAUUAUGACGGCACAAUCGAUAUGGGACGGUCUGUGGUUACACUGUGUCCUUCAGGCCACAGGUCAGAUGCAGUGCAAGAGACACACAACAUCCACCACUAUGACCUCUGACAUCCAGGCUGGACGCGCCCUCACGUUGAUCUCCAUCAUCGCCGGCCUCCUGGGCUUCAUUGUCACCCUUCUCGGCGGAGGCGUAGCCAACUGUAGCGACGCUCCACCUGAUCCCUUACAGCCUCCGACCACCUACUCCUCCAGAAAAAAGGCGUGUCUGCUGGGUGGAGCUCUGUGUGUCCUAGCUGGCAUCCUUUGCCUGGUUUCAGUCAGCUGGUCUGCAGCAGCAACUAUCUACAUCUACAAUGACCCCUUGCUGACAGCGGCCCUGAAGAGAGAGGUGGGCUCCUCCAUCUACGUCGGCUGGGCCUCCUCUGUGCUGCUCCUGCUCGGCGGUGCUCUGAUCUGCUUCGUCUGUGGGGAGCAGGAGAGAACCCCACCUCCCCACUAUUCCUACAUCAGCACCAACUCUCAAUACAGCGACGCUGCAUCCCGCAUGGCCACUCUGAGGUCUGAUGACAGGAGAACAAACAGCUUGAGGAUGUCUGACCGUCAGACGCCAAGCAGCAUGGUAGUGCACGUGGCCCAAGUGCAUGAGCACAACUCCCUGAAUAAAGCUCAGAGCGGGCUCUAUAAUCAGCCUCAGUCGACACAACCAGCAUCCGAGCAGUUUGGCCGUAAUCCCUCAAACAGAUCAGGGACACCAGACAAGGGGAUGGGCUUAUUCAUGGGAAUGAAUCCAAAUCUGGUGCGUGACGUUCCCAGCAGAGCCACAACAGUGCCCAGUGAAUAUUAUUAGAAUACCGCCUAAAUCUGGAUGGGGGAUCUGCAUGGAUCAUCGCUCUGAGAAUGACUGAACACUAUAAUCACUUAACAGUGGUUACUGAUCGUUUCUUUUCACGUUAUUUAAUGCUGAUCAUUGUUAUCAUUAAUCGGGAUAUCUGGGUUUGUAAGCAGCGAACUGCUGGUGGACCAGUCAUCACAAACUCAUGCUGCUCAAACCGACGACAUUUUAUUUCUAAUUCUAGUUUCCAAAUAUGUCCAAUAUAUUUGAUAUAUAAUUGUGGUGCAGCCAUAAAAUAAAUAAAGUCUAAAAGUGGAACUUUAUAAACAUAAACUUCAAUGAAGAACUAGAACAAGAUGAUACACAACAUACAUAUUACUAGUGUGAAAUAAGAUUAUUUCAACAACUAUUAAAGCUACUUAUGAGGAAAUAAAAGGAGGAAAUAUGUGUGUUAAGGGCUUAAUUGUAUGAGUUGCACUGCUCUUUAAACACACAUUUUAUAAAACAGAGUCAAUAGGUUUCACACCUCCUUUUAUUUUUAUCAAGAGAAGGAACAUGUACACAUUUUUGUAGAAUAUUAUCUUUUCCUUUUCUUCCUCCAGAGAUAAUGUUGUGAUGACGAAAUGCAGAUUUAAUUUUUUUUUCAUUUAUUGCAUGAUUUACUGAAAUACGCUAUGUAAAAAGAUUAGGGCAAAUAUGAUAUCAUAUCAUGUGGAAUCCAAAGGAAAAACAGGAUUUUGAUCAGAUGAAGAUAAAAGUGCAAAUUUGUAUUUUUAGAAUUAAAAUCACGGCCAUAUAAGAGAGAAAAUUAGCAAUCAUAAUCACUUUUUCAGUUCAGAUUCACUGAACUGGCUCAUCUUUAUGUGCUGGACUGACUUAAAGGACCAGUGUGUAACAAUUAGGGGGAUCUAUUAGCAGAAAUUGGAAUAUAAUAUUUAUGACUAUGUUUUCAUUAGUGUAUAAUCACCUGAAAAUAAAAAUCGCU